AUUUAUUUUCUAAAAUUAGCUUUAAUAAUUUUCACACUUUUGAGGCGACCCAGCCUUCUAGGAUUUACACUCGCUUGUGUAGAUCUUGAAUUAUUUAGUUCGCUUGUUCUCCAAGGUCGUCGAUUGCUCUGACCUCGCUAGAUCGGCGGUCGUCUCUUUAUGGUUGUUGCUUGCUAUGAGUUGGUUGCGCGUCAACGACGCUGGUUAUUCUCUCGUGGUUAGCGCUGGGGUAGUUGUCGUUCCGUGGUUCAUGUGCUGGUGGGAUUGGUUCGUGGUGGUGGUUUGAGAACCACUCUUCCUGUUCAUUUGUUAUGCUGCCAAGGUUUCACAAAUCUCCACAGAUGGCGUUAAUGUACAGGACUUUGCUGGGAUGGACGAGGGAUGGAUCGGGGACUUGCAGAUCUUGGUGAUGACGUGAUCAGACCUCUGGUGCGCCGGGAGUUGGUACCUGCAAAGACACUCCGACGCUCAAAUUAGAAUGAGUCUAAGAGAUACAGGAUAAAGGUAUGUAUAACGUACCUGAUGGAGCUUUUUGCUCCUUUUAUAUAGUUUGUCUUGUUAUCUUAUCUUAUCUUAUCUUAUUAAUCAAGAUAAGAAAAGUAUUCGAGUUGAAUGUUAGUUAGUGAUUCCUGAUCUUCUGGCCUGUUUGGAUCGUAGAGACGAUUUAAACUCAGAAAUUGAAUCAUCGUUGGACCGUCUAGAGCCCUAGAUACUAGAUCUAGAACAAUAACUAUAAGUGAACUUCCACCUCAAAAUAAAUAUUUACUCACAAAUGAGUUAUCUCAUCUUAAGAUAUCAAAUGCGUUCAUCAUCUACCAAGUUUGAAUAUUUCAUAAUUUUCAUUGAAUAAAUUCCCUACUUGAAUACAUGCGUUAUAUUUUCUGAUGGCAACUACUCACGACCUCUACCAACCAGGCAACUAUGGACGAUCAAACUAAUGACUUGGUGUUUCUCAGUAUGAAGUCAUUUUUCCCCCAAAAAAUAAUUCUUAUUUAUUUGUUCCUUCUAACAAGCUAACACCUACAUGCAUUAAAUACUAGACUAGUCUACCAUGAAACCGAAGAAAAUGACUAGUCUACCCAAAAAAUUAAAAUAAAAUAAAAUAGCAUAAUAAUAUAAUAUAAUAACGAAUUGAAGUAGUCAAAAGUCAAAACAUAGAAAGACAAUGCCACUUUUUUCCAUCUCCUUCAGUGAAAGCAAGUAUUCACAAUUGGUUCCAAGUAGUUCUUAUGACAUCAAGUUUAUUUAUUUGUUUAAACUUUUUGAAAACAUUUCCAAGUCCUUGCAAAACCAGUUGAGAUUCUCAUGUAAUUUCCACCCCAAUUUCAAGGCAUUGAAUAGUUGAUGUGAGCAAUAUAUAACAACUAGGUACAUUUCUCAAAUUCUCAUGAUGAAAUCAGAUAUCAUUACCAUGGAUUAUUCCCUUUCACUUCCAACAAUAACGUUGAUAUCCCUAACUUUAUUUUUUCUCUACAACAUAUGGAGAAUAAUUACGAAAAAACCUAGUAUUCAUCAAAAAGAAAGUAACAUUAUUAAACAACCGCCACAACCAUUUGUUGCAUUACCAUUAAUUGGUCACCUCCAUUUACUAGGAACCAAAACACCACUUCACAGAACCUUUGCUUCUUUGGCUGAUAAAUAUGGCCCUGUAUUCCAAAUCUACUUUGGAUCAUUACCUGCCAUUGUUAUCUCCAACAAAGAAGGAAUCAAAGAAUGCUUCACAAAAAAUGACAAAGUUCUGGCCUCGCGCACCCCUUCGAGCCGUGGAACUCACCUUGCUUAUAACAAUGCUGCGUUUGGAUUUGCUCCUUAUGGACCCUAUUGGGCAAAACAGAGGAAGCUAGCCGUUCUUGAACUCCUCUCUUCGCGCCGCCUCGAAUCGUUGAGGCAUGUUUAUGAAUCCGAGAUUGAUACUUUGAUCAAGGAUCUCUUGAUACACCUUAGCAACAAUAAUUCUUCUAUGGUUGUCAUGAGUGAAUGGUUUGAACGCUUAACAUUUAAUGUGAUCACAAAAAUUGUUGCGGGAAAGAGAUAUUUUAGUUACUUGGAAGAUGUGGAUGAUUUAGAAGCACAUAAAGUUGUGAAUCUUGUAAAAGAGUUCAUGCAAUUGGCUGGUGGAUUUGUUCUUUCGGAUGCAAUUCCAUUGCUUAGAUGGAUUGGUGUGGAAGGGAGAGUUCUUAAAUCAAUGAAGAGAAUUGGAAGAGAUUUGGACACACUCAUUGGAAGGUGGGUUGAAGAGCAUAAGAUGAAGGGUAAUAUGGUAAAUAGCUCAAGUGAAAAGCAAGAUUUCAUUGAUGUCAUGCUAUCUAUUGUUGAAGAUGAUCCUGAGUCUGGACAUUCUCGUGACACUAUCAUUAAGGCACAUGUUAUGAAUCUUAUCCUAGCGGGGACGGAAACAACAUCAACAACAAUGACAUGGAUCCUUGCAGCAUUAAUGAACAAUAAACAUUCAUUGAAGCUAGCACAAGAAGAGAUUAACCAUCACGUAGGUAAGGACAGAAAGGUAGAAGCAUCAGAUAUAAAAAACCUUACUUAUUUACAAGCAAUUUUCAAAGAAACCCUAUGGUUAUAUCCACCAACACCAUUGUUAUUACCUCAUGGGGCAUCAUCAGAUUGCAGCAUCAAUGGCUACUACGUACCAAAAGGAGCUGAUGUGUUUCUUAAUGUGUGGAAGCUACAUAGAGAUCCAAGUAUUUGGUCGGAGCCUGAAAAGUUUUCACCGGAGAGGUUUAUUAAUGGCGAUGGAGAAGUCGAUGAAGGUCACCAUUUUGAGUACCUUCCUUUUGGGUUAGGGAGAAGGGCUUGUCCUGGAUUCACAUUAGCAACACAAGUGAUUCUUAUCACAGUUGCACGUUUGCUUCAAGGGUUUGAUUUUCAUUUGUUUAUGGAUGAACCUGUUGACAUGAGAGAAGGUUUUGGCCUAACUUUGCUGAAGUUAAAUCCAUUGCAAAUUUGUCUCACUCCACUUGUUACCACUGAACUCUAUCAGUCACAUAUUUAUUAAAAAAAAUUAAGUGUUUUUUUUUCUUUUCUUUAUUUUUAGCUUGGCAACAAAGAUAGGGAUCCAUUGUGUUGUAUUCUUCUCUUCAACAAGUGUGUGUUGUAUUUAUUGUUUAUUGUUUUUAUGGUUAACUUAUCGUUUAUUACACGAACUUUACUUGCGAUUUAAGAAAUUACCGCAAAACUUUUUUCACAUGUCAUGACAUUUUUUUUUUCUUGGAUAAUGUUGUUAUUCUUAGUUUUUGUUUUUGGGAGAAGGAAGUUCAAUUUCUACAUAGGAAAUUCAAUUAUGCAUGAUAGUAUUAUGAAUCUAACAAAUAAUAAUACAUGA